AUGGGGAAAAAGGCAAAGGACAAGAGAGAUAUUUAUUAUAGAAAAGCAAAAGAAGAGGGCUAUAGAGCAAGAUCAGCUUAUAAACUACUUUAAAUAGAUGAGGAGUUUAAUAUUUUUGAGAAUGUUGAUAGAGUCGUUGAUUUAUGUGCCGCUCCUGGCUCAUGGUCUUAGGUGAUUUCCAAGAGACUAAAGGAGAAAGGACUAGACAUAAUUAACGAAAAGAGAAUUAUAUCUGUUGAUCUGUUUGAAAUGGCUCCCAUUGAGGGGUGCACAAUAGUAAAAGGGGAUAUAACUAGAGAGAAAACUGUACAGCAAAUUCAGGAAAUAUUCAAAGAUUAGGAGACAUAAUUGGUUGUUAGUGAUGGGGCUCCAGAUAUUCUUGGGGAUCAUGAUUUUGAUUAAUAUAUCUAGCAUCAAUUAGUAUUAGCUGCCUUGAAUAUUGCCAUUAGGCUUCUCUAGCCAGGUGGCACUUUUGUUGCCAAAGUAUUCAGAGGAAAGGAUAUCAAUCUUCUUCACAGAUAAAUAAAAAUGCUAUUUAGAGAUGUAUACUGCUCAAAGCCAAAAUGCUCAAGAAAUUCCAGUAUUGAAGGGUUUGUUGUUGGCAAAUUUUUUAUUGGCAAAGAAGCUAUUGGACUAACAAGUGAGAGACUUAAUUUAUGGGACGCUUUGACUACUAUUAAUCAUCUUAAGAAUUUUGAAAAAAUAUAUUAUCAAGAAGAAGAGGAAAAAAUUGAAGAUAUUAUUCCAUUUGUUGCUUGUGGAAAAAAUGAAGAGUUUGAUGCUGAUAUGAACUAUUCAUUAAAAACUGUUGUUACAACUCAUAAGAAAGAAGAUGAAAAACAAUAAGAAGGAUAAGAAGAGUAUAAAUAUAUAGAACCAAGAUAAAAACCUAUCGACCCACCAUAUAAAGCUUUUCUUGCAAAAAGAAAUGAAUUAAAUAAUAAUUAAUGA